GCCAAGGUCAGUGUCACUGUUGGAGACUGAAACAAUGUGGCUGCAGGAAAUGCCAAGCUAGGCCUGGAGCCCACAAGGAGCAAUGGGUCACACGAUUUGUCUUCAUGGUACAGCACUCGAUAACCCUUCAAUGCUCUAAAGGGUAUCUGUGUAGAACCCACCGCUGGGGGUGCCAUAGCAGGUAAAGCCUCCACCUGCAGCGCCGGCACCCGAUAUGGGUGCUGGUUGGAGACCCAGCUGUGCCACUUCAAUCCAGCUCCCUGCUGAUGCACCUGGGAAAGCAGCGGAAGAUGACCCAAGUGCUUUGGCCCCGGCCACUCAAGUAGGAGCCCCGGAUGGAGCUCCAUGGCUCCUGGUUUCAGCCUGGCCCAGAAUCUGCUGUGGCAGUCACGUGAGGAGUGAACCAGUGCACGAAAGAUGCCUCUGCCUCCUCCCUCUGAUUCACUGCCCCAAAUGCCAACAAUGGACACUGGAAUGCAGAUCUGGAGCAAAUCUGAAAAAUAUCGGCGUGGAGGGAGAGGCGCUCCGCUAGAGGGAUCAGCUUGGGGGUGUGUCACAGACACAGGGCACGCAAUUGCCAGGCUGGAGGGUGACCGAGAGGCCAGGAGGAGGGGACACAGCAGGUGUUGUAGUGGCCAUGCCUACUGCUGACCCUGCCGCAUCUUUCCUGGUAGAACUUGUGGAGGGUCGUGGACUCCCAUGCCCCCUCCCCACUCGGAUCCAGGCACAGAUGUGUGAUGAGGUUCAAGAAGGUGAAGAUUCCAGUGGCCACCCGAAGGGAAACAGGGCAAAAGAUGGCAUGUGCCUGGCACUGGCACCCAUCCUGCGAGGGCACCAGGCGGGGCUGGGCCGGGAGCGUUCCGGGCGUCUGCCCCCGCGCGCGCAAGGCCGGCCGGCAGCGGCGGGCAGGGGAUUAGUGCGCUCCGGGACGGACGGCGCGGCGGGAUUAGCCCGCGUGGACGCGGCGCCCGGUCCGGGGAUUAGAUCCGCGCUCCCUCCCCGACGUAUAUAUUUCCGCGGCGGUGGCCACGGGGCGGGCGGGCCGAGCCGGGCAUGGCGGCGGCGGCGGCGGCAGCGGCGAGCCGCGGGGGCCCAGGGCGGCCCUGCCCUUUCUCCAUCGAGCACAUCCUCUCCAGCCUGCCCGAGCGCGCAUCCCCGGCCCGGGCCGCCCGCCCGCCGCCCGCCGCCGGCCGCCAGAGCCCCGCGGAGCCGGGAGAGCCCGGGGCGCCCGAGGUUGCGCCCUGCGCCUGCUGCUGCUGCUGCGGGCCCCGCGCCGCGCCCCGCAGGUCCCCGGAGGCGGGCCCCGGGCUGGGUGCCCGGCUGCCCUGGCCGCUGAGGCUGAGCCCCGCGGCGCCUCUGCCCUUGGCCGCGCCGGUCGGAGGCUCCGGGGCGCUGUCCGUGGCGGGCGGCCCGGGCCCGCAGCGGCGCACGCGGCGCCACCGCACCAUCUUCAGCGAAGAGCAGUUGCAGGCGCUGGAGGCGCUCUUCGUGCAGAACCAGUACCCCGACGUGGGCACCCGCGAGCGCCUGGCCGGCCGCAUCCGCCUGCGCGAGGAGCGCGUGGAGGUCUGGUUCAAGAACCGCAGAGCCAAGUGGCGACACCAAAAGCGCGCGUCGGCGUCGGCGAGGCUCGGAGACAAGAAACCCCCCAAGGAGAGCUGCUGAGGCCGCCGAGGCGGGUGGGGUGGGGUGGGAGGAGCUGCGCCUGGCCCGGAGACGAGACUGCCAGACUUGGCGUGCUGGGAGACAGCGCCGGCCCCUGCUGCGACUCCGCGGCCACCCUGCUGAGGCGCAGGGUGCUGUGCCCGCACCGAGCGCGGGGCGCCGAUGGCACGGUCGUUGGAGAGGGCCGUGGAGGUGGGGCGGGUCCGCUACCUCCUCACAGUCCCACCCCACAAGACAUUCACUCCAGCCUGGGACAGAACCACCGCCCACCCCACCCCUACACCCAGAUUCUCCCCAGUGGCACCCGCACCCCUGCUGGCCUCGCCUUACUGUGGCCCCUCCUAUCACAGUCCACACUUGGUCUGGGGGCGCAGACCUGUAGAAUGGAGACUUCAGGGACCUUGCUUUCUCCCUAAUCUUGGCGCCUCCUGCUGAUACCGAGCGAUAAGCCAGCAGCUACAACAGCAGGACCAGAAUCAGUCCAGAGCCCAAAUCUCUGUGCCUGAACAGAGAGCUCCCGGGACGGUGACCGGGCACCCUCGGGGAUCUCCCUGCGCUGGCUUCCAAGUGCUGCUUCUUGGGUGGAGGUCCUCGGUGCCUCCACCUGGGGAAUUUCAUGCUGGGGGGGGGUAGGGAGAAGUGAUCUGCCUCCCUCCUUGGAUGGGGCAGGAGGAGGGUGGGUUGGGGAGACUGCUCCCCACUUCCUGGACAAACGCCUCCUCCUUCUGUUCUUCCACCAUCCUGAACCACAGGGUGAUGGACAGCGUGCCAACAAGGCUUCUAGAAGUUCCUAGAAGCCCUUCCCCUAGCUUCAGCAUCCUGUUCCUGUCUCUUCCCGUGGUCCUGGGGGUGCGCGGGGUGGGGGUGGGGGAGUGGCGGUACCUGCAGGGACACAGUGCAGCCAUCCAAACUAGGACAGCAGUAGGGGUUGGACAAGCCAAGCCUGGCCAGCGGCUCUGGUGUCCCUGGCCAGAGCUGCCCUAACCCUGCCAGAUGCCUGCAGGACAGGUAGCUCCUCUGUCCACUCCCUCCCGUGCCCACGCCUCCCCCGGUUGUCACAAGGCUCUACUCUUGUCCUUGGAAACUUGAGUUGGCUUAUCUGUGGAUGUGACUGUGGCCCGGUCAGCUCCCCUGCAGGCUGGGACAGCACCCCUCCCCCCUUCCAGGCUCCUUUAUGUUGGAAUCGGUGCCCAGAUGCGAUGCUGGCGCUACAGGCCGGGGCUUUAACCUGCUGAACCACAGCGCUGGUCCCAGCAGGGAAAUUUUUGACCCCUAAAUCAGUCUUCCUUCUGUGCAGCUCCAAUGACCCCCACCUCUUUCCUUGACCAUUGCAACUGUGUCCAGUCGUGCCCACCUGCACCCCUGGCUCCCCUUUUCCUGCAGAAUAAAGACAGAACUCCUCACGGGGACCCAAGAGGCCCUGCGGCAGCCUGGCCCUGUGUCUGUUUUCCCCUCGCGGUCCACUGCACUCUGCAUAUCCAGAGGUGUCCUUGGGGACCUGCUGGGCCACUGUGUCUGUGCACAAGCUCUUCCAGCCCUUGGUCGCUCACGCCUGUACAUUCAUUCUUUGGAUCUACAGCCAGCUGCUGUUUCCCUCGGGGACGUUCCCCGCCAGGGCACUGCUCCCCAAGUUCAAACUCUUCCUGAGCCACUUUUUUUUUUUUUUUAAACCCUGUGUUAGGUAGCAAUCCAGAAAGAAUUGUCCUGGAGUGCUUUUCUUGCAUAAAGUCUGCAAUGCGCACCUAACCAAGUUUUCUGAAGCCUAUGUUUUUGUUCAUGACGAUGAAGCGUACAUUUGUUUGUGGUCUGUGAUCAAUUCCGAUUCCUCCGUGCUGAAAUUUCACAGCGCCCCCGCGUGCUCACAGCCCAGACGCGCGCGAACGCCACGGGACAUGUC